UUCAAGAAGUCCAGUGGAUGUGAAUUUGCAUUACCGAAGAAAACUUUAUUACUUUAAUUAUACUGUACUGUGUAAUACGUCUACUAUACAUAGCUCUUCUGGGUUUUCAUCUUUUAAAUUGUUUGAAAUCAAGAAUAAUAGUAAUAUUUGUUUAAACUUCUUUAACUUAAUAAAACACGUAAAAGAUGACAUCAUUUGAAUCCUUAACAUCGACACAGAAAAUUCGCGCCACUCUGCAUCGUGAUGUUCAGGCAAUUUGUACGGAAACUUGUCAUUUCCUUGGGCUUGAAAUAACAAAGCCUGCUAUGGAAAUUGUAGCAGAGCUGCUUUAUAAGAAGCUAUCUGUUUAUGGUACAGAUUUGGAAGCUUUUGCCAAGCACGCCAAGCGAUCAACGAUCAACUCGGAUGAUGUCAAACUCCUGGUUAGAAGGAGUCCAUCUUUGAAAAAUCAUCUAAAUACUUUAGUACCUAACACAAACACUCCAAAAGAGAAGCGAAGAAAAACCGAAGCGGGCAAAGUAUCGAUAUCACCAGCUUCUGAACCUAAGGAACCACUAAAUCUAGGUGCGAAGAAAACUGUGAUACAGACUCCAAGACAAAAAGACCCGGAGACAUCAACAUCGAAAGAUAAGAUACCGAAAGCAAGAGAUGAAGAGACAAAAGAGAAAGAAACUUCUUCCAAACUGAUAGAAAAAAAAAGAACUCUGGAUGAUGAGUCUAAAAAUAUGGUUAUAGAUGAGAUGAUUGAUUUGACGAUAGAUUGA